AUGGUUAAAAUUAACUACCAUUCUGGUUUAAAUCCUGUAGUAGUACAAGCAAUAACUAAUCUGAAACUUAUCGAAUAUAGCCCAACAUUCUUCUCAAAGAAUGAAUAUAUUUAUAUAACUAAAAAAUUAUAUGAAAAUGGGGAAUUUAAAGCUGGAAGACGCUCAUUUUAUAUUUAUUGCACUAGGAAAGGCAUGUUGCAUAAUAUAAAUCUAUAUAGAAAAAGCUCUAAAUUUUAUUGUUCUUGUACUUCAAAAGAAAUUAAGAAAAGUGUUGCAUAUCAAUUAAUUAAUAGUGCAAAAGUUAUCCAACGGACUUGGAGAACUUUCAAGUUGAGACCUGAAAUAUAG